AUGAUUGGUGAUGUUGAGAACUUAGCCUUCGUUUCGGAUAGACAUCAAAGCAUUGUUCGUGCUUUGGAUAUCGUGUUCCCUGAUGCACACCACGGUGCAUGCUACCACCACAUUAUUAUGAACGUCAACCACAAGUUCAAGACUGACGUCUUCACGAAUCACAUUUACACGUGUGCCUACACGUAUUCAAGAUCAGAGUUUCACAGAGAAUUUGAGAACACUCGGGCAAUGAAUGCUGCGGCUGAGAGCUUCAACAACACAACUAAGGAUGCAAGAGGCUUCCCAAUCACUGAUGCUGUAGCAUUCCUGAGGUCUAAAGUCCAAAAGUGGUUUGCUUCACGAAAAGAAAAAGCUGACAAGUGGACGAAGUCCCUAGCACCAAAAAUGGAGGAGGACUUGACAUUGCAUUUUGAAAAAGGUCGGCAUUUGAACGUUGACUCAUGCGGGCCUUACACGUUGCAAGUUCACCUUGGAGGAACAGUUCUGACCGGUGGCGUAGUGGACUUGCGACAACAUACUUGCACUUGCGGCUUGUUCCAGUGCAUGAAGUUUCCUUGUCCUCAUGCAUGUGCUGCAUCUCAGGAGCGAAGUAUUAGCGCGUACACACUAUGCUCGCCAUAUUACACGACAGAAUAUUGGAGGAGGACAUAUGAAGGAACAAUUAUGCCAGUUGGUGAAGAGGAUGAUUGGGAAUUGCCUGAUGACAUCAAGAACAUGACAGUUGGAGUGCCUGUUGAGAAGCAACCAGUAGGGCGACCCAAGAAGCAAAAGGUUGGAAGAAUUAAGAACAACCGAACUGCUUGUAACGGUGAAAGGAUUAUCAAAUCACGAAAUUGUAGCAAGUGCGGUGCCAAGGGGCACAACAGAAGCACUUGCAACUACCGAGGUUAA